AUGUCUGUCGACAAUGAGAUACGAGGUCGGUUGGCCUUGAUCACGGGCGCAUCUGGAGGAAUCGGUGCCGGCUGUGCGCGAGAUCUUUAUCAACAGGGCUGUCAUCUCGCCCUGACCUAUUCCAAAAACAAAGCCCACGUGGACUCUCUCAUUGCCGAACUUCAGGCCUCGCCAUCGGACCAGAAAAUCUCCUCACAUCAAGUUGAUAUGGCUUCGACGGAAGAUAUGGAGAGACUAUACGACGAGAUCGAGUCACAGCAUGGCCACGGUCCAGAUAUCCUCAUCGCGAAUGCGGGUUACGGGAAGAGAAUUCCUCAAAUCGUGGACAUCCCCUAUGAAGAGUGGGACUACACAAUCUUGAUCAACUUGCGAGCACCAUUUAUCCUGGCCAAAUUAGCCGUACCGUACAUGAUACAGCAGAAGUGGGGUCGAAUAAUUAUGAUGUCGAGUAUAGCAGGUUAUGGAGGAGGUAUUAAUGGCUGUCAUUAUGCCGCGUCCAAGGCCGGACUCACUGGUAUGGUCAAAAACCUGGCGCUAAAGCUGGCAAAGGAUGGAAUCACCGUCAAUGAUGUUGCACCAGCGAUGAUUGGGGAAACAGGAAUGAUUCCCAAUGCCAAAUUCGUCGAAGGCACCCCGGGUGACGUGAGGAAUAUCCCGGUGGGGAGAUUGGGAACGCCACAGGAAUGUGCCAAUAUAGUGACCAUGAUAUGCAAGACGGGAUAUUUGACGGGCCAGAGUAUUCUUCUGACCGGUGGACUGAAGUAA